AUGUGGUUGCUAAGGCUAAGCGGAGUGACUCGCCAAAUACCAUCGUCAAAUUCGCUAAGCAGCUUGGAACACCGCCCCCCGCACUCGUUAGGGGGCUCGCCACUGGAGGCUCGUCACUGUGUUGGCGAGAAGAGAGAGAAGAUGAGAAAUGAAUACGACGAUUGGUCGAUCUUGGGACCCGUAUGCCUCCGUCAGAUCUGCAAAGCCACCGCCGUCACCGGAUUCACUGCCGCCUCCGACUGCUUCGUUUAUGUCGUCUUCGUCUCGGGGUCCUUCUUCGCCUUCAGCAUCUUCUACUGUUGGCCACUUUUUCCCCCGGCGCUGCCAUCUCCGCUAGCAGUGAACCCCCUAGUCCACAUAUGUAUCCCAACAACAAAAGAAACUGAACAAUGCUCUGAUUUCUGCAAACCGAUUUCUGAACUCAUUUGGAGUUGAAGAUCAUUAUUUUGUUGCAUAAUUCUGGAAAAUUUAUGCUAUGCUACUUUUUGUAUGGUUUAUUAUUAAUAAAUGACAUAGAGGAUGUAUAAGUUAUGGUGGUUUGUAAGUUUGUUUAUAAAUCCUUGUUUAUAUCGUAGUUUUAGAAGAGUUAGAUGCAUAAUGUAAGAAUAAACUUGCAUUUUUAUGCAUAAUGUAAGAAUAAACUUGCUAAAUUUGGAUUUUAUAUAGUGU